AUGUUGGCCAUCGUGGCGUUCCACACGUUCAUUGAAGAAGGCGUCGACGUUGUUAUCUGUGAGGCCCAUCACGGUGGUCAGUUCGACGCGACAAACUUCGUUGAGCGUCCUGCCAUCACUGCCAUCACAAAAAUCGGGAUGGACCAUGUCGAAAAUCUAGGGGGAAAUCUACAGCAUAUUGCAUGGCAUAAAAGUGGAAUCUUUAGAGACCAAGUUCUCGCGCUUUCUGUUCCGCAGGAUCAGGAGGCUGAGGGUGAGAUUGAACGCAGGGCUGCAGAAAUCGGGGCGCCACUUCAGUUCAUAAGUAUUAAGGAUGCUCUGCUUAAGUUUCUCGAAACCGGUCAGAUUGAGGAAAUACCACUUGAACAGCGAGAAAACUGCGCCUUGGCUGCGAAAAUUGCUCAUGAAUUUCUCCACCAGAUCCUAGACGGGCGAGACGUUCUAGCUGGUGUUGAAGAGUGCCAGUGGCCCGCACGUUUCGACAUUCAACAUUACGGUGGGUGCACUUGGUACAUGGACGGAGCACACAACGAGACAAGUAUGCAGGUAGUUGCAAAGUGGUAUGAACGGGUUGCAACCCCUAGCUCUGUCCCAGUUCUUAUCUUCGCUCAUUUCUCAAAAAAGCGAACGCGCUCCUGGGAGAACAUACUAGAAACGCUAGUGAGGUCUCUAGGGUCACAUAUUGAGCAUGUCAUUCUGGUCGAGCGGAUUGAAUACGACGAACAUUUCGCCACCCCCAGCGACUUAUUGGAAAGUUUUGCUCGGUUCUGGAGAGAAAACUGGUCCCCAGUUACCAUUCAUAAUGCAACUAGUGUGACAGAUGCGAUUGAACGCGCCAAGAAAACUGCUCUGGGAGGGCCCAUCUUGGUGACAGGAAGCCUAUACUUGGUAGAAGCUGCCCUCGAGAUAGUUAAGGACAAGUCUAUCUAG